CACAUCUUCAUGCGUCAUGUAUGGUUGCCCUUGCUAUCUCCAUCGUCAUCAAGACAUUCUCAGCCCGGUCGAACCAUUACCGCAUCACCAAUAUCCACUUGACUGUCGAUUGACCGGCACAGACCGUAGGUCGAGCACUUCAAGUGUAGAUGCCACACGACGUUGGCCGUUUUACAGCUUUUUACAGCAUCCAGUAGGCAACUGGACAAAAAACCGCCAAAACCCGUCUUCCACUGAGCCGCAUGCGCCUGCAGAUGCUUCGCAAUCAAAGAGCAAAAGAGGACAUUUAUGCAUCUACUGUGGAAAGUUUUACUCCAGAAAGUAUGGACUGAAGAUACAUCUAAGAACGCAUACGGGUUACAAACCACUAAAAUGUAAAGUAUGUCUGCGUCCAUUCGGUGACCCAAGCAACCUUAACAAACACACAAGAUUGCAUGCUGAAGGAGAAACGCCGUACCGCUGCGAAUUCUGUGGCAAAGUGCUGGUGCGCAGACUGAAAUAUUGUAAUAGAUUUAAAGAACAACUGGACCUUUUGAAAUGUGGGUGGGGAGUUCGCACCAUCUGCACUACUCCUGCCUACGGGCCUGCGAAACGAAUUAGACCCGCAAAAGACGAAGAUACAGAUCGCCAAUAUUAA